AUGCGUCGAUGGAGCUUAAGUAGUCGAAUAAUAGAGAACUGCGUUGCCAAGACGCUGUCGAGGAAUUGUUCCUCGGCAGCAAAGCCAGCUAAUAUCUACCGUCCUCCUUAUUACCGAAAACCACAUCAAAACCGUGAACCGCUGAACAUAUUACAGGAGGAGUUCCCAAAUGCGGGUGAUGCCUCUGGAGCAGGAUUACGUUUAUUUGACUACUAUAAAACUGCGGAAUACGUUAAUCAGUUACCAACAAUCAAAGAGAAAAUUGAUUUUGUAAGUCCAUAUGAGCGCCCGUGGACUAAACCGGAAAGGAAUUGGCGACGGGACUGGCACCCAGAACUGAUGUCUCCUCGUAAGGCUUGGGCCCUUCCUUUAGUUCCAGCUUAUUUUGACUGUUUGAAGUAUUACCAGUACAUUACUAAAACUCGUCUUGUUGAAUCUUCGCUCGACAACUAUUACGCUGGUCUUGUUCCUCCAACGGCUAGCUUUGAAAAAGCUGUGCAAGAAAGUGUACGCACAAUCCUCUCAUCGGAUCGCUUCGGUUCGGAAGAUGAGCGCGUUUCAGCGAUUCUGGCGGCUCUAGUUGACGAAGCUAUUUUCAGCGUUGCACAUAAUGUACCUCGUCUUGGUGACUACAGGAUAGCAUACGACGUGCAAAGCGAAACGUUCUGGAUUCGAUCAGGUUUCAUGUUCCUCUAUGACAAGCAGGAGAUUGGCAGUGACAAGGUGGAGAGGAAUGUCCGGAAAGGGUCGAAGUUUAUCGGUGAUGAUAGGCGAAGGCUGGGCGAACUUGCCUUUGUUUCUCGUGAUCGGCUUGCUGUUCAAUUGAGAUCUCGUGAGCCUCUUGCACCUCUGCAUUCUUUGGAAAGUGACGAAGCUUGUCAGCCAGUAUUCGCUGAAGAGAUUGAUGUCGAGAAGGACGUGCUAUUUUCUCCCAAGGUCAUGAAUUUAUGGCCAGAUGAGGAUCCGUUGUGGCAAUGCCCCGGAUAUUUCGUCGAAUCCGAAGAAACACAUAGCUACAGUCGAGUUGCCGCAAAAUCGUUGUUUUUACUGGAUGGUCGAUGUAAAGAGUGGGAUGCUCCCCCGGAGGAAACUGCGGAGUUGUGGGAAGAUUGUGCAAAAUCUCAAGCAAUCGCUUCACUUUUUACAACCCUUUGUGCUCAAGCGCAUACUCACGGCUUCACCCAAUACACCGAUGUCACCCGACCAUUCACAUCUCAGUUGAUGCUGUCAAAUGGUGUUGACUUUGUCUUUGCUGUCGGGCAGUUGAAUACAAUAGCGAUUAAUAUCGAGUGUGAUGGUUUCGAAAACCCUAAGACAAAUGUAUGUCAUGUAGAAUCUCCUCUGCGUUUAUACGACGAAUACCGUGAAGGAAAAUUCUACCACAUAACGCCCGAAGGUGAAAAAGAAGGAUUGAAUUCCAAAGUUCUGCUUAGAAUUCUACAAAUGCUAUUACGGGAUUAG